GAGCAGCUAGGCGAAGCUACUUUUGCGUAAAGAAAGGGCCUUGGAAGCGAAAGUCCAUAUGCAAAGCACAGUUAUUAGAAUGUUGGCGGCAGAAGGGCGCAUCGUCCAAAAGUAGCUGCGCUAGCUGCAUUGGCCAAGCUCAAAUGGCGGCUCCUUCUCAGGGGACGCCCCAGGCGCAGGUACAACCGCCGGGCUUACCAGUUCCUGAUUCAGACUUGGCCCCAGUCUUGGCUCAACUGAAUCUGACCGCAGUCAAGAACCGUGCCAUGGAGCUGUAUGCAUCAAUUGGAAGGUUGCGUGACGUCUUCCAGCCCCAGUAUGCGGGUGCCCUUCGGUGGCCCGACAUCCUGAACCAGUUUGCCGUCUUGAACACGCAGCUGCUCAAUCUGGUGGCCGACAUGAAGCCCAUUCUGCGCAUGUUUGUGGUGUACCCAAAGGCUGGCGGAGUGGGGCCCGAGACGGCGCCUAUCCUGCCUCUCAUGCUGAGUACCAAACUGCUGCCGGAGAUGGAAGCGGAGCGGGCCUCUCUCCAGGAGCAACUCGAAACAAAGAUGGGCCUCACUACACCGCAGCGGGGGGGCCAGCCGGCCCAGAUUCCGCCCCCCGUCCAGGCCCAGAUCAGCCGCCUACAGCAGCAGAUCGAAACCAUCCGCUCCGCCUGCGACGCCGCCAACCGGACGAUCCAAGCCGGGCGCCGGACGCUUAGCCAGCACGCGGCGUCCGCAUACCAGCCCCCGGCGAAACCAGACCCGGCCCUCGUCGAGAAAGAGAGACUUCUGCGCAACGCUGUUUUGUCGGGAGAGGGGCUCAAGGUCGCCAACAACGCUCACCCCCCCAAGGCAUUGCCCCCGCACCUUGCAAAGGUUCUGGCGCCAUCUGGGGGAGGGCCUUCUUCACCCAGGGGCGGACGGCCCCCCCUGCCAUCAUUACGACCGGGCGGCUCGGGUUUUGCGGUCCCGAUGUCUCCUCCCGGAGGGUCGGGGGGCAAAGCGCAGGGGUUCAAGUUACCGUCGCCUCGCGUCCCGUCUCCGUACGCUGCGGGGUCGCCACGAAGUGCGGCGCAGAAGCCUUUCUAGGGGGUUGGACCGUUGACCAAACGGAUAGCACCGUAAUUCGGAUAACGGAUGCAUGAUUAGGCUGGAAGGCUGUGCGGAUCAUGGCGGCAAAGCAUGAAUACAAGCCGUUUUCAGGAGUUGGGAGGCUGCGAUCCUUGGCUACUCCACUUGUCCGCUUGCAUUCUGUCAAGCUGAGGGGCAGCUUUCAAAGAAGAAGCAAUAUACUCUGGUGGGAGCUCGGAAGCGGAGAUGGGGGAAGAGCGGGCGGGAAGUGACAAGGCCAGUCGAGCGAAGCGGAAGGUAUUUGCCGAUUCCAUAUGGAUGGUCAGAGUCCAAGUGAAACAGCUGCGGACGACCAGUGCAUGAUGCAAAGCGCGGGCCGGGCAAUUCGAUUGUGGAAAUCUGGAGAGAAAAGCAUCAGCAGUGAGUCGCUGAGCCGCUGAGCGGGGCCCAGGGGCUGCAGAGGGAGUGCAUGCAUUACAAGAGGGCCGACCCCAUCGACUACACCGACAGGCAGCCGGUGCCAGUACAAACAAUGUUACCAAGUGUUAUUUGCAUCUUGCCAUGCUAACCCGCAAGUUCGUAAGGGAUGCAAUCAGGUAAAAAUCAGACUUUCGUGCACUGAUGUUCAAGACGUUUCAUGUCCUUUGUCGUGCCGGUAAAGAGCGGCCGG